CAAGAAGCAGAUUCUUCACACGCCUCACCGGUCUCAAAUUUCAAAUCCAUGGUCAUGAGCUUAUGGUCAUCAGCUUUUUCGUCAACUUCUGCUUGGUGUGCUUCAGCCUCCACCUCUGAUGGAGCACCUCAAGUUACGGCAGCAACCAUCCUAGAUUCCUAGUAAAGCGCCGGACCAUCUCUUUGUAAUUUUCUUUCGAGGAUAUUUGCACUUUUCACAGAGUUGAAGCCGAGUUCUAUAAUAUAUUCUCGAAUUGUCUGUGACAUGUAAUUCAAGCUAAGCCUUCUCUUUUCUGAUGGGAUGCUGCAGCCAGCCUUGUAGGAGUUUGAGAAUAUCAUGGAGAACGAUCCACAACAUACAAGUGUGAUGCCAAGGGAUUUCACAUUCCAUUUGUUAGAACAAAUUACAAAUAAGUUUUCCAAGGAUCGCAUAAUUGGUUAUGGAGGUUAUGGAGUGGUUUACAAGGGAGUACUCGACAAUGGGGAAGAGGUUGCUGUGAAGAAGCUUUAUAAUAAGCAUCCAGGACUUGAUGAUGAUAAGCAAUUUACAAAUGAGUGUACUAACCUUAUGAGACUCCAACAUCAAAAUAUAGUCCGCUUAGUUGGCUACUGCUAUGAAAUAGCUCAUAAAGUUGUGGAGUACGAUGGACAAUAUGUUUACGCAGGAGUGGAAGAACGAGCUCUCUGUUUUGAAUACUUGCAGGGUGGAACCCUUGAAAAGCUUCUUUCUGAUGAAUCCUGCGGACUUGGUUGGCACAAACGUUACAAAAUAAUUAGAGGAGUUUGUGAGGGUUUACAUUAUCUUCAUAAUGGAUCCAAAGACCCUAUCUACCAUCUAGACUUAAAACCUGCAAAUAUAAUGCUGGAUAAGAAUAUGGUGCCAAAAAUAGGAGAUUUUGGCUUGUCAAGACUCUUUGAUUCAACACAAACCUGUACCACGAAAGUAAUCAUAGGAACGCCUGGAUACAUGCCACCGGAGUACAUCAACAGAUACCAAAUCACACAAAAGUUUGACGUAUUCAGUUUGGGCGUUAUAAUCAUACAAGUAAUGGCAGGACGUGGGGGUUACUUGAAAUGUGGAGAUAUGUCUCACCAAGAAUUUAUUGAUCUUGUACAAGGAAACUGGGGGAAAAGGCUUCAGGUUACAAUGUCAUCACAUACAUCGCAUGAGAUUAAGACAUGCAUCGAAAUAGCAUUAAGAUGUGUGGAGUCCGACCGAGUGAAAAGGCCUACUAUAGCAGAGAUUGUUGAUGAACUGAAUAAGAUUGAUGAUGUGAAAAGAUCACUUGCAGACGAGGACAACUUACAUAGCACGCAAGUGAAGCUAUACACGAAUUCAGGUGCUGCUGACGCAGAGGGUGCCUUGACUGUCGACCACAGGGACGACGGUAAAGAGCAAGAACACAUGACUCUUGAAGACAAGAUCCUAGAGGAUGACCCAUCCGACACUGAAUAUCCUGGUCCGCAAACUGGUGGGACACUCGAGAGGUUGCCCACCUUGAAAGCCAAAUCUGGUGGCCGUAAAGCACAGGAUGACCUCCUCUGGUGUCACGAUCUUGCGCGGUGCCAAGACGGCGACUUCUCGGUCGCUGCCAUGCAGGCCAACCACUUCAUGGAGGAUCAGUGCUUGGUUGAGUCAGGCCUGCCUUUUGGCACCUUUGCCGGCAUCUUCGAUGGUCACGGUGGCCCUGAGGCCGCCUACUUCAUACGUGACCACCUCCUCCCCAACCUCCAAGAGACCUCUUCCGGCCUGCAGGGCGUGACAGCUGAUGCAAUCAGGGAGGCAUUUCUGGCCACAGAGCAGGGAUUCAUCACGCUCGUGUCACGCCAAUGGGAGACCAAGCCAAGCCUUGCCACAGUGGGGUCAUGCUGCCUUGUUGGCGUCGUGCACCAGAGGACUCUCUUCAUCGCCAACCUUGGGGACUCCCGAGCUGUUCUUGGGAAGGUCUGGCACGUCACUGAGGAGGUUCUCGCGGUGCCGCUGUCAGCGGAGCACAAUGUCAACUAUGACAAAGCCAGGAAGGAACUCAUUGCUGAGCAUCCUGAUGAUCCGGAUAUUGUUGUUUUCAAGCAUAAUGUCUGGAGGGUGAAAGGCAUCUUUCAGUUGUCGAGAUCAAUAGGUGACGCAUUCUUGAAAGACCCGCGAUAUAACAUGGAGCCACUCACUACAAAAUUCAGGCUUCGUACACCAUUCAGCAAACCUUUAUUGAGUGCCAGCCCAUCUAUCUUAUCUCAUAGUCUUCAACCAUGUGACCGUUUCGUCAUAUUUGCCUCAGAUGGUCUGUGGGAACAUUUGACUAACCAGGAGGCUGUUGACAUUGUUCAAAAACAUCAACGUGCUGAGGGAAGUGCGAGACGACUCAUUAAAGCAGCUCUCCUUGAAGCAUCGCGAAAACGUGAGAUGACAUACUCACAUCUGAAGACGAUCGGUAAGGGGGUUCGCAGGCAUUUCCACGACGAUAUUACUGUCAUCGUCCUAUUUUUCAGCCAUGCAGUACAGCCCCUUUCCAUAAGAUGUCCCUUAGAUAAUGGCAGUAAUGGGCCAUUAUCUAGUUCAUCCAUGGAUGCUCAAUUUCUAGCACCAGGAAACGCUGAUGAGAUGCUUUCAUAACCGACAUUGCUGCGAAAAAUACACAACCCAACAUGUAACGCAUGCACUGUCAGGAGUGUGAAGCGCAAUAUGUAAUAGGCGUAUUCGUGUGUGAUGUUGGCGUAAACAAGUUUAGUUUGUGUUGGCCCACUGGGCAGUGUUUGGCUGUGAGCACAUAAUCUCCAGUCUUGUAUCGAUGAACACUGAACUGAAUAUUUUGGGUAUGAACUACUGAAACUUGGAGAAGGGGACAUCUUCCUCCCUCCUCCCUAGCUA